UUCACAAUUCUGACAAUUCAUUGUGUGUGAAUUUUGCAUGUCAUUCGUAACGCCGAAUUGUUAGGACGAGCGAGUUAUUUAUUAUUAUAAUUCAAAAUGCUUAGUGUAAAUGAAAAUUUUCCUGAAUAUGCGGUACCCGGUGCUAAGCAAGUCCGUUUCGAACCCUACGCUGAUAAUGGAGGAAGCAUCGUUGCUAUCGCCGGUGAGGAUUACGCUGUGAUUGGUGCUGACACCCGUCUUAGUACUGGCUUCUCCAUCUACACUAGAGAACAGAAGAAACUGUUCAAAUUGUCAGAUAAAACUGUCUUGGGAGCGACAGGAUGCUGGUGUGACACGCUUACACUGACUCGCUUGUUGCAAGCCAGAAUGCAGAUGUAUGAGCACGAGCAUAACAAAUCCAUGUCUACUCCUGCCGUGGCUCAGAUGCUGUCCACUAUGCUGUAUUAUAAGCGAUUCUUCCCAUAUUACGUGUCAAACGUCCUGGCUGGGUUAGAUGCAGAUGGAAAAGGUUGCGUCUACAGCUACGAUCCUAUUGGGCAUUGUGAACGUUCUAACUACCGGGCCGGCGGCUCCGCAGGCGCCCAACUGCAGCCUCUGCUUGAUAACCAAAUAGGCCUGAAGAAUAUGCAGAAUGUUACUGAAGCUCCCAUACCCAAAGAGAAAGCUCUGGCUCUACUCAAGGAUGUGUUCAUCAGUGCCGCUGAACGUGAUAUAUACACUGGUGACUGUAUCUAUAUACUGGUCAUUACUGCUGCUGGUACACAUGAGGAGAAGUUUGAGUUGCGUAAAGAUUAAAUUUGUAAUAAAUACUUUUUCCUAUA